GCCUAAGAGAUUGGAAAGGAUGUGAAAUUUAGUUAGAGGGCUUUGGGGGAUGGAGCUGCCUUGGGGUCAGCCAAACUGCCUUUUGGGGCACUCGAGUCCUGGUGAGACCUUGGAUGGUGACUCGUGUGACUCGUGUGUCUCUAUCGUACAGGGAUGCUCUACUGUUGGGAGGUCUGUUGUGGCUUAACAGGUCUCCCCGUGGACUCUCUACAGCUAUGAAACCGACAUAGUGGCCCACCACGAUGCUUCUCCUGUUGGCCACAGGAGAAUGAGGACAAGUUGGCUUUGGAGUGCUGGGAGCAACUGCUGAGCACCCGGUGCCCGAGCCUGCCCCCUGAAGAGCCCACAACACACAAUGAACAAACUGACCUUCCAUAACAACAGAGUCAUGCAGGACCGUCGAAGUGUGUGUAUUUUCCUUCCCAAUGAUGAGUCCCUGAACAUCAUCAUAAACGUUAAAAUUCUGUGUCACCAGUUGCUGGUCCAGGUGUGUGACCUGCUCAGGUUAAAGGAAUGUCACCUCUUUGGUCUCAGUGUUAUACAAAAUAAUGAACACGUAUAUAUGGAGUUGUCACAAAAGCUUUAUAAGUAUUGUCCAAAAGAAUGGAAAAAAGAGGCCAGCAAGGUACGACAAUACGAAGUCACUUGGGGCAUCGACCAGUUCGGGCCUCCCAUGAUCAUCCACUUCCGGGUGCAGUACUAUGUGGAGAAUGGCAGACUGAUCAGUGACCGAGUCGCGAGGUAUUAUUAUUACUGGCACCUGAGGAAGCAAGUCCUGCACUCACAGUGUGCGCUCAGAGAGGAGGCCUACUUCAUGCUGGCGGCGUUUGCGCUACAGGCUGAUCUCGGGAACUUCAAAAGGAAUAAGCACCGCGGAAAGUACUUUGAGCCAGAGGCUUACUUCCCUGCAUGGGUUGUUUCCAAGAGGGGGAAGGAGUACAUCCUGAAGCACAUUCCAAACAUGCACAAAGACCAGUUUGCACUGACGGCCUCCGAGGCGCAUCUGAAGUACAUCAAAGAGGCCGUCCGACUGGAUGACGUGGCCAUCCAUUACUACAGACUGUACAAGGAUAAAAGGGAAGUUGAAGCUUCGCUGACCCUGGGACUGACCAUGCGGGGAAUACAGAUUUUCCAGAAUCUAGAAGAAGAGAAACAAUUGCUGUUUGAUUUCCCCUGGACAAAUGUUGGGAAGCUGGUGUUUGUGGGCAAGAAGUUUGAGAUUCUGCCAGAUGGCCUUCCCUCCGCCAGGAAGCUGGUCUAUUACACAGGGUGUCCCACACGCUCCCGGCAUCUCCUGCAGCUCUUGAGCAACAGCCACCGCCUGUACAUGAACCUGCAGCCUGUCCUGCGCCACCUCCGGAAGGUGGAGGAGAACGAAGAGAAGAAGCAGUACCGGGAAUCCUACAUCAGCGACAACCUGGACCUUGACAUGGACCAGCUGGAAAAGCGCUCUCGCGCCAGCGGGAGCAGCGCGGGCAGCGUGAAGCAUAAGCGCCUGUCCCGUCACUCCACUGCCAGCCACAGCAGCUCGCACACCUCGGGCAUCGAAGCCGACACUAAGCCCCGGGACCCAGGCCCCGAAGACAGCUGUUCAGGCAGCGCCAUGCACCGCAAGCUGAAGACCUGCAGCUCCAUGACCAGCCAUGGCAGCUCGCACACCUCGGGGGUGGAGAGCGGUGGCAAAGAGCGCCUGGAAGAGGACUCGCAGGAUGAUGAAAUAGAGAUGUUGGUCGAUGACCCCAGAGACCUGGAGCCAAUGACAGAAGAGUCGCUGGAAGUCAGCCCCGACGUGUGUAUCUACAUCACAGAGGACAUGCUCCUGUCACGGAAGCUGAACGGGCACUCCGGGCUAAUUGUGAAAGAAAUCAGUUCUUCCACCUCCAGCUCUUCAGAAACGGUUGUCAAGCUGCGUGGCCAGAGCACCGACUCCCUUCCGCAGACUAUAUGUCGAAAACCAAAGACUUCCACCGACCGACAUAGCCUGAGCCUUGACGACAUCAGACUGUACCAGAAAGACUUCCUGCGCAUCGCAGGCCUGUGUCAGGACACUGCUCAGAGCUAUACCUUUGGGUGUGGCCAUGAACUGGACGAGGAUGGCCUCUACUGCAACAGCUGCUUGGCUCAGCAGUGCGUCAACAUUCAAGAUGCUUUUCCAGUCAAAAGAACCAGCAAGUACUUCUCUCUGGACCUCACUCACGACGAGGUCCCAGAGUUCGUAGUGUAAGUCCCACCCGUAGGCGGCCCUGCGGGCAGCUGCUGUCUGCUGGGGGCUGUGGAGUCCGGGGUUCUUUACAUACUAUUUGUGCCAUAUUUUUUCACCCCCAAACUUAGCUCUUUCUUUAUAAUAUCCGUGAUGGAAACAAAAGCCUUGGGACGAUGCACUUUAAGUAUUAUGCAGAGGUAGAAGAUACCCAGACUGUAAAAGGGAGACAAGUGCCCGAUGUUUAUUGACCCUUUGGAAGGAAGUAUGCUUUAGAGCUUACCCAGCUUCCAGACUGUUAAGGUUGUGGUGUGUGUGUUCAUCUCUUGUUUUCUAGUUCAAAUCAUGUUUAUCACGUGAAA